AUGGAUUUUGAAACAAUAUCGAUUUCAAGUAAUGAACAUUUAUCUGAUACAACAAUUAAAGAUGACAGUGUUAAUGAAUUUCAAGAAAUUGGCUUAGACUAUAAUGAUUCUUUUGAGAUGUUUGAUAAUUCUGUGACAUACGUUGAUGAUUUGUCUGAAGAUUUUCAAUAUACUGAAGAAGUUGUUAAUAAUUUUCAAGAUAAUUAUAGUGAAAGUUCUAGCUCUAGGCCACCAAUUAAUUUUGGAAAGCAUAAUUAUUUGGAUAAUAAUUUGCUAAAUAAUGAACAAGAUGAUGAAAUUUAUUUGAUGACAGGGCAAUUAAGAGUAAAUGAAAUUAUUCAUAGUAUUUUUCCUAUGGAAUAUCCUCCAACAUCAGAGAAUGGCAUAGCAAUUAUAUAUAAUAUUGAAGCAUGGGAUAAUCUUCUUGUAUUUACAAAUAAUAUGCAAUAUAAUCUUGGUAAACCAAGUGGUAGUGGAGAUUCUGAUAUUUACUGUCCAUUUCUUGAUACUUUGGUCAAAAAACUCAUUAUACUUGUCAAGCAAUCAAUAGAUGAGGAUUUUAAUCAUAAAAGAACCAAAGAAGCUAAAACUUAUAUAAAAUAUUUAGCAUUACUUGAUCAAAAAUGUCCUUAUGAUAAUUAUAAUUAUGAUGGACAAUUUAUAGUUAAAAAAAAGACUAAACUUAAUCUAAACUAUAAGGAUAAUUGGUUUGUUGGAUGUACAAAAUGGCAAUUAAAAUCUAAAGGAUUACAUUUUUUUUAUUAUCUUAAUGAUGAAAUUGAUUCUUUAUUAUUAAAUAGAUUAUUUGAAGAUGAAGAAAAAACAUGUGAAUUUUUAUACAAACAAUUAGAUGGUUCUAUUAAUGAAGAAGAUAUAAUUAAAAUGAGUAUACAUCAUCAUCCUCCUCCUCCUCUAUCACAAAUACCUUUAGAGAUAUUAAACAAAUUAAAAACUUUAAUUAAAACAGAAUCUACUGAUAUUACAGCAAAUAAAUUACUUAGUAGUAAUCUAAUUAAAGCAACUUUUGGAAAAGAUUAUCUUUCAGAAGUACAUAAUAUGGAUAAACUUAGAAGACUAAUUGCAAAAAUACAAAAAUCAAAACAUCUAUAUGGACAAGAAUUAUUAGGUUUAACCUAUAAUAUUUGGUCAGAUAAUCAAGAAUUACUUGGAUAUGUUCAGCAAUCAGCAUCAUUAAACUCUGAAUUUUCAUUUAUUGAUACUGAAAUUUGGAAUAUAGCACCUGACAAUACUAAUGUUGCAGAGUUAUGUCAUGCAAAUAUUAAUAGAGAUGGAAAAUCAUUAUCUUUACUUAAUGCAAUUAUUAAAGCAAAAUUUUAUGAUGAAAAGCACUUUACAACUUGUAAUAUUCAAAAAAAUUAUGGAAUAUCAAAUACUGAAAAAAACAAAAGUUUAAUUACAAGAGAAAAACAAUCUAUUAAAAGAGCAGCUAUUAAAGAAAGAGAACUUAAACUAGAAAGAGAAAAACUUGAAUUAAUGAAAUUGCAUAGAGAACUUAGCUUAAGUGGACUUGAUGAUGAAAAAUA